AUGAAAGCGGGUCGUGGCUACUCCGGGGUGAGCGAUGGCGACGACUCGGAUGAGUUCGAUAGUUCCUCCCACCUUGGGGGGAGAAUUAUAUCUUACCGCGGCAGUCACUUCGUCCAAAUGGCAUGGAGCUUGAUCUGCGUUCUUAUGUUUCUCUCCGGAGGGAUCAUGAUACUCGCCGCUCAGAGAUGGAAGCCAUCAGACAGAGAAUGCGCUGCGCAGCUUAGCAUCUGGUCACCAUUGCUUGAGGCAGUCGAGUAUGAAGAGCGCAACUCGGCCAGCACAUUCACAAUGGAGAGGUCGGGCUUCACAGGCACCCCUUCAAGGCAACUGGAAGCGAAAUGGAAGAGUUUAGUGGAAGUGCCUACCGUUGUCGUCCCACCCGAGCGCCUACCCUCUCUUAACCGGAGCGCCGAGCAAGGGUUUGUGCCCACGUCCCCAAACUCUUCUGCCUAUGGUUAUGUAGCCGGUAUAGAAGUUUUCCAUCAUCUUCACUGUCUCAAUGUUCUACGUCAGUAUGCGUGGCGUGAUGCCUACCCUGAGGAGCUACUUCCUAGCCUCUUCAGGUAUAAUUCACCUUUCGCCGUGCGUGCACAUGUGGAUCAUUGUACUGAGACUGUCAGGCUUGCACUCAUGUGUAACGCCGACGUUACGCCAUAUCUUCUUUACGAGCAGGAGGCAGAGCCUGGUUCCAAGUGCGUGCUCAACAAAUUAUUCGGCCUGAUCUAG